AUGGCAGCGAUGUUGGCUUUAAAAACGUACGACAGUGAUUCAAAUGAAUCUACUGACUCGGAAAAUAAAGAAGAAACCACUAAUGAUGACUCCUUUUCACAUUUGAAGCCCAUUGACACAGACAGUUCUAUUUCCAAAGCCAUAGCACUUAAUGCGGCUCCGGUUGUUGCGUCUAAAGAUGAUGUACAUCUCACAAGAACUUUUGAAGCUGGAACAAAAGAAGUUACUUUCAAUCCAAAAUAUGAAGAACUAUAUGCACCCCAGGUUGGUCCUGAAAAUCCCUUCAAAACUAAUCAAGCCCAGUCUGUUAGAAAUACUUUAACAGGUUAUGUUGAACCAGCACAUAUAAAUAAUUUCCAUUUUGACAACCAGAGAAAAACAUUUACAAGUUAUGGGUAUGCUCUAGAUCCUAGUGUUGAUAUUCAUCAAGUAGAAGAAAAAGUUAUUGGAGAUACAACUGCAGCUGAAGAUAACAAGGGAUUGACAGUAUUUGAACAAAAACCUAAAGAAAAGGAAUCUGAGAAACGAAAAAGACAGAAAAAUCCUGAUGCAUCUGAUAUUGAGGGAUAUCUGGGACCAUGGGGUAAAUAUGUGGAUGAAGAAACUAUUUCAAAACCUAAUGAGGAAGAACAGAAAGACUUAGAUGAAAUUUUAGCCAAAAGAAGUAAAAUGGGUAAACAAAAGGAAGAAAAAAUCACAGAAGAAAAGACAACUUUACACAUCAAAGAUGCUUACGAUUACCAGGGGCGUUCAUUUUUACAUGCACCUCAAGAUGUUGGUGUCAAUUUGAAAUCUGACGAUCCACCAGAAAAAUGUUUUCUCCCCAAAAAACAUAUUCACACAUGGACUGGUCACACGAAAGGUGUAUCUGCUAUUCGAUGGUUUCCUAAAACGGCUCAUUUACUGUUAUCAUGUAGUAUGGAUACUAAAAUAAAGAUUUGGGAAGUGUAUAAUGAAAGACGUUGUGUUCGAACAUAUAAUGGUCAUAAACAAGCAACAAGAGAUAUUAGUUUUAAUAAUGAUGGUACAGAAUUUCUUAGUUGUGCAUAUGACAGAUAUUGUAAACUAUGGGACACUGAAACAGGUGAAUGUAAGGGGAGAUUUACAAGUAGAAAAGUACCAUAUUGUAUUAAAUUUCAUCCUGAUGAAGAUAAACAACACUUGUUUGUUGCAGGAACGUCAGAUAAAAAAAUAGUUUGUUGGGAUAUUAGAAGUAAUGAAAUUGUUCAGGAAUAUGAUCGACAUUUAGGAGCUGUAAAUACAAUCACAUUCGUAGAUCAAAACCGACGAUUUGUAUCUACAUCUGAUGAUAAAAGUUUACGAGUAUGGGAAUGGGAUAUACCAGUAGAUUUUAAAUAUAUAUCAGAUCCAUCUAUGCAUUCUAUGCCAGCUACAAAUUUAUCACCCAAUGGAAAAUGGUUGGCCUGUCAGUCUAUGGAUAAUAAAAUUUGUGUAUUUAAUGUGUUAAAUAGAUUUAAAUAUAUGAGAAAAAAAUUAUUCACUGGUCAUAUGGUUGCUGGUUUUGCCUGUUCUAUGGAUUUCUCACCAGAUAUGAGCUAUUUGAUAUCGGGUGAUGCAGAUGGCAAGUUGUAUAUCUGGGAUUGGAAGAGUACCAAAUUAUACAGUAAAUUCAAAGCUCAUGAUGAUGUGUGUAUCUCUUGUUUGUGGCACCCCCAUGAAACCUCUAAAGUAGCAACAUGUGGCUGGGAUGGUGUUAUUAAAUAUUGGGACUAGAAGUUACACACAAUAUUUUAAAAGACAUAAUGCACUGUUUUAGGGUUCGAAAGUGUUUUAAAUUUGCUCCACAAUGUGUGUUUCAUCUUCAAUCAAAUUGAUUCUAAAUAAGCUAUUAAUGCAAGUUAUUUCAAUACCCAUUUCUCUUCUGUUACAGUGGUUGUAUGUGACAAGGAGUAGGGUCGUCGUUCCAGCCUUGUGGGUUUUCUCCGGGUCCUCCGGUUUCCUCCCACUGCUAAAGACCCCUACACGCAUGCCAAUUAUUGAAAUAAAAUUAAGCCAUAUGUUAGUCCCGAAAUGACCUAGUUUGUGCCGAAUGGACGUUAAACCCCAUUUCUCUCUCUCUCUUCUGUAACCAAAUUAAAGAAGUAGUCAUCCUGUAA